AAAAAACUUUGUAUCUUGCUUGGGCAACAGCUUUCUGUGCAAUAGAAACACUCCAAUUCCAAAGAUUACGUAGGCGCUUUUAGUCUUCGCUUUGACAACAAUGGUACGACGCAGUGGGCGGAAUGCCGCUAAGCCGGAAGGCUUUUACAGGGAGUCUGAGAUGACGAAGAGGGCACAAGAGGCAGUAGUACCUGCGCCAGCUGAAGCUCCUACCCAAUCAUCAGCCAAAAAAACAGGCCAGAAGAAGAAGACGAAGGCGACGAAGCAGACAUCUGCUACUAAGACUGGUCGGGUGCAGGAGAAGAAGCCCGAUCCAAACAAGUCUACUGCGACGAAGGCCAAAGCAGACAAGAAGAAGCCUGGUCGUCCAGCUGUGCCUUCUAAUGAUGUUCUUCUCGCUGCUGCUGCGGAGGUAGAAAGGAAGACCCGCACGGGAACGCAAAGGAUCGCAAAUGAUAAGCCCAGCUUGGAGUUCCAUAUGAAGAGGCCGGUUCCGCUUUUCAAGCCCCAGCCUGAGGAUUUUGAAGAGUUUGAGGAAGACCACGACGAGGAUGAAGAAGACGAUGAAAAAGAAUAACGUUAGUACGAAAAUUGAUGCAGCCAGUUCCCAAUAAAAAGGUUCCCCGCACGCCCAACAAAACUAAGAAGAAACAUGCCGACCCGAGCGCUGACCCCUCAGUAAGCAAGCCCCUGAGUCGGACGUCGAGCGUACUAUUCAAGCUUCUUGUUCUGUUGCUGACGUAAACAGGAAGUGGAAUGAUUUGGUAGGUAGGGAGACUGUAGAUGGUCGUCCUCCACAGCCACGUAUGCCCCUCAAGAAUGUCGCAGUCGCAGAA